AUGGGUGACUGGUCCAUACUUGGUCGUUUCCUGUCUGAGGUCCAGAAUCACUCUACAGUGAUAGGCAAGAUCUGGCUCACCAUGCUGCUCAUUUUCCGUAUCCUGCUGGUGGCCUUGGUGGGUGAUGCUGUGUACAGCGAUGAGCAGUCCAAAUUUACCUGUAACACCCAGCAGCCUGGAUGCAGCAAUGUCUGUUAUGACACCUUUGCUCCUGUUUCACAUCUAAGGUUCUGGGUCUUCCAAAUUGUGCUGGUCUCCACCCCAUCCAUCUUCUAUAUAGUUUUUGUUCUGCAUACGAUUGCCAAGGAUGAGAAGCUGAAUGGCCGAAAGACACAAGUGGUAGCCCAGAGGCCUCCCAGACAGAGAUGUGGGCAUAUGGGGAAAGAUGGCAUGGAAGGCUUGAGGGUCAGCAUACCUACUUACUGUCCUCAUUACAAGGAGGAAUGGGAUGAAAGGGACAGGGAAGGAGUAGAACAAAGCUUUCUGGAGGAGGAUUAUGGCAAGGUAGGAGAGGACCCAACCCACCAAUCCAACCAGGUUCUGCUCAUCUACAUCCUUCAUGUGUUACUACGAUCUGUCAUGGAGAUCACCUUCCUAGUAGGCCAGUACUUCUUGUUUGGGUUUGAGGUACCUCAUCUAUACCGCUGUGACACUUACCCUUGCCCUACUCGUACAGAUUGCUUUGUGUCACGUGCUACUGAGAAAACCAUAUUCCUGAACUUCAUGUUCAGCAUCAGCCUGGGCUGCUUUGUACUCAAUAUCGCAGAGCUCCACUACCUGGGCUGGAUCUACAUUUUCCGAAUUCUCUGCUCAGCCUGCUCCACGUGCUGCAAUCAAGAAAGGGACACCAUCAGAGUGUACUCAAACCACAACCCUCUCCUGCUGCAGCUCAGGCAUUCUCUGAAGGGCCAGCUGGUUCUGCAGACCCCGGCAGCCAUGGCCCCACAGAAGAGUGGAGGCCUGCUCACACAUGCCCCAGCUAUCUCCUUUGAGACAGACUCAACAGUUGAAUGCACUUCCAAGAGAAGUCCAGAGAGCGGAGACAGACUGAAGGUCAAGCUGGCCAACAUGGCCAGGCUAGGACAAAUUAAGAAGUCUUGGCUAUGA